UCUUUUAUAUCUCCUCUCUUCCCUCCUUCUCUAUCUUUCUUUGCGUUCAACACUCCGUCAAAACGAGCGAGAGAAUUCGUACUGCUCCGUUGAGGCUUCGUCGAUUGCUGGCCGUGUCGUCAAGACUUAUAGAAAGGGAAAAAACCAGUCUGUGAUAUUAAACAGUACUAAGCAAUAUAUACAUAUAUACAUACAUACAUACAUACAUAUAUACAUAUACACACACACACACACACACAUAUAUAGCUAGGCGUGUGUUUCUCUGUGCGUGUGUAAGUCGAAUAAGUGAGCGAGUGAGCUUAGCCAGCGGUCGCGCGCGCGCUCUCUCUGUCUCUCUCUUUCCCCCUCUCUCUCUUUCUCUCUCUCUUUCUCUCUCUCUCGUGUGGUGUUCAGUGUUCUUGUGUGGGUGUGUAUGUGCGUGCAUCGCUGCCCCGUGUAUAGCGAAUACGGGAUAGAUCGCAUAAAGGAUCUAAGAGGAUCUAAAAAAUCCGAGAGCGGACAACGGGAUCAAGGUCCGCAGGACGCGCUUAUCCUUUCGAAGGGUGAAAUAAGAUCGACGUAACCACCAGCAGCAGCAGCUACGACACGAUGUCUUUGGAGCCUGUGACAAGUGACAAGCAGCCGCCGUCGUCGACUACGGCGACGACGACGUCAACGUCGUCGACGACAACGACGACGGCGAUGUCGACGACCACGGCAACUACGGCAGCCACGACCACGAUCACGAUGACGACGGCAACCACGAAUACAGCAACUACGACUGCGGCGACAACGACGGCAGCGGCGACGACGACGACGACGACGACAAUGAAAAAGAAGAAGAGCGAGGGUGAUGAGGCGAUCAUAUCGAUGUCGGUAGCCGGCGAGGUGACUGACGCUUCGAUCAUGGAAAUAGGCCGUUCCAGACCUCAAUUUCAAUACUCUCGGGAGGAGCUGAUGCUGAUAAAAAAUCUGCGACUAUCCAAACGUAGGCCUGCAUUUUUAGACACCGCUUACAACAACUCGCGAGGCGUCUGGGAUCCCGAACGCUGGCACUCGGACAGAAAGCGCAGUGAUACACCCCCGAAAGAGGAGAAGACUGGACGUGGUGAUCAAAUCACUGAGAAUCAUAGUAAGCGACGUAGUAAUGGCGAUCCACGGGACCGAAUACGCAAGGAGCAGGACGGCAUCGUACUGAGCCCGCAACGAAGGAGCUUCAACUCAGGCUGUUUCGUCAACGUGAACCAGCCGUCGAAUCGCCGCCCCGAGAGCCCGAUCGGGAAAACGGAGGUCAGCCAUCGAGAACCCGUUCGUCGGAUCGGCAGCGGGCGGAUUCUGGCACGGGACAUCUGGGACUUCAGGCCGGAGAACGAGAAGAUCGAGCCGGAGCGCGCGGAUUACGGUUUCAGAUCGGGCACCGGCGGCGGCUCUCUGCGCGACCGUGACAAUCGGGAUAAUCGCGAUGGCAAAGAGCGGGAGAACAUUAUGCGGGAGCGGGAUCGCGAUCGGGACAACAUACGCGAGCGAGACGAGAGGUUCGAGCGACGGUCGUUCGGCCGGGAUUACGGGGAGCGCGACCGCGGAGGUACGGAGCGAAACGAGCGGAACCACCAGGGCCAAGAACGCGACAAAGAUCGCGGGCGCGAGAAGAGAUUCGGCAACGACCGACGACGGACUUACAGUGACACUCGCGACUCGGACGAGCCCGAGUGGUUCAGCUCCGGGCCCACGUCGCAGCACGACACGAUCGAGCUGAGGGGCUUCGAGGACAUCCCGGAGGAGAAGGUGGUAAACAGCGGCGGCGGCGGCAGCGUGAAGAACAAGAAGCAGACCCUCGCGCAGAAGAAACGGGCGAAGAAGAACGCGACGGAGAAGGACGACAAGCCGAGCGAGAACAGCAGCUCCGGCCCGAAGGGACGCAGCACCCCGACAACCAUGGAUCAGUCGAUGAACGCGGUACCGGCGCCGCAUUCCCCGAUCACCGAACAGGUCGAACAGUCGUCGUCAGUCGCGCAGAAAGAGAACGACGCCAACGAGAGCACCGUGAACGAACCGAUGUCCGAGGCGGCGACGGUCGUGACCUCCGCCGCCAAUCAGAAUAAGGAGGACUCGCAUCCCGAUUUCAACCUGGACGAGUUCCUGAAGUCAGACACGUUCCCCGGUGUAUCGGGAUUGUUAACGAACGGAGUCGGCUCGAACGGCGGCACCUGUUCCCGCUUCAGUCAGUGGUUCAAGAGGGAGAGCCCGGUUCAGCAGGCGGACAGUCGUAGAGCUUCCAUACAUGACGAGUUACUGAACAAUCUACUGAACGACAUCACCGAGCCAAAUAUUCAGAUACCGUCGGUCACGGAAUCGAACGCCUACUUCACCCCAAUUUCCCCGGCCAAUACGACUAACAACAGCAACGCUGCCGCCACCGGUGUCAAGUUACUCGAGAUGCUGCAUCGCGGCAAUAAGCCGAAUCAAAACGGUCAAGGAGAUGCGGUGAACACGAUGGCACCCCUGGUGAAAAAUUGCACCAUUAAAGAUUUGGAAGUUGGUGGAAAAGUUGUGCACAGUUUGGAAGAAUUAGAAGCACGCAUGCGGGGCGGCGCACCUCCACCCACAACCUCGACUGAAACGCCCCGCGUAAAUAAGACUGAGGAAGAUCUCUCUGCUUUUAAGAAACUGCUUGCUCAAGUAACCGGAGGACAAGCUGUACCAGCAGCUAACGGACCUAUCCCGCAAAAGCAACCUGUGACAUUGAUGCAGCUACUUAAUUCUCAACUGAAGACUCAACCACCGAUGCCGCACCCGCAGCCUCCGGCGGCUGCGGAACCCAUUCAUCCUUCAACGUUCAAUCACGUCGGUCCCCUUGGCCACACUCAACAUUCGCACCAGGCCCAGAUGCAACAUGAGAAUUUGAUCAAAGUCUUGCAAAUACAACAACAACAGCAGCAGCAACAACAGCAGCAGCAGCAACAACAACAACAGAAACAACGACACAACGAUAUGCUGUCGAUGAUGAUGGGCGGUCAACGAAUACUGGGUGUGAGUCCUGUGCCGGCGGACAUGCAGAUGAUGUUGAACAAUAUCCCUUCGAGUCAAGAGCUCCUGCAACGGCCGGAGGCUCAAGCGAUUAUUCAGGGUCUGCAGCAAGGAGAGAUCACCAGGCAACAUCUCAUACAGCAGUUGCAGAACCCCGUUAUGCAGCAUCGCCAUCGAGAAGUGCUGGUGAAUAUACUGAAGAUGUACGGUGGUACCACACCACGCACCGCGAGUCCGCACCCACCGCACCCCGCUGCUCCCACACCGCAGGAUCACAUGCUGCAACAGAUGCUGUAUCAGCAGCAGCAGCAACAGCAGAGAAUCCCGUCUCCCAUGAACAACGCUUAUUGCCCACCUCCAAUAAUAUCACCAAAUUUGGCAGCUAGUCCUAGUACUUUAACAGUACAGCACCCAGUGAUACCGCAUAGAGUGCCGUCGCCACGGGAGAUCGUUAUGCACACUCAAUCUAUAAUACAAAAUGUUUUAAUCAAGAAAAAAUUGGAGGAGCAGCGCGAGAAUUACCGCAAGCGGCAGGACCAACAGCAACAACAACAGCAGCAGCAGCAACAGCAAAUUCAGCAACGCUCGUCGAGUCCCGUUAACUCGCCAGCUAAGCAAACAAUGAGUCCGACUCCGCUUGCUUUCACGCCGACAUCCGUUUUACGGAAAAUGACCGCUGAUAAGGAACCUGACGGAAGCAGCAAUGAUCCAUCAAAAUUGUCUACGCAAACUCAGGCUUCUCAGAUGCAACAAAUGCAAUCUGCAGUUCAGUUACUUACACAGGGGGUCCUCCCGAGACACACCACCAUGCGGCCGCAAUCUGCUCAAUCGACAUGGUCGAAUCCAUCGCUCAAGCAACAUCCAGGACGACCUAUAGUGAAAGGCGGGAAAAGCACUAACGCAAACAGCACCCAGUUCCAGUACACGGGAAAUGCGGAAUUCCAGCCGCAGCCGCAGCAGCAUAGAACGGCCUCGAAUGUGUAUGGCAAUCCGGCACGAUCCAAACACACGAUGGCCACUUCCUUGCCGCAUCACAACGUCUCGCAAUAUAACGUACCGCAGACCUCGAUGAUGAACCAGAGGUCAAAUUCCAUAAAUACCCAAAUGAAGGCCCAACAGCAAGUUUCGUCGCAUCUCGCCGGCAUGCAACCGCAGCCGCCGCACGGAGCCGCUAGCAUGCAGCAACAACCGCCGCAGCGGCCCGCUGUGAACACGCAACUUGCAACAAAGAUGCAACUUGUCGUGAACCAAAACUACAAUUCCAAUCGCACAGAUGGACGAGCGAUGCGGUCGCAGCAAUUGAACCUUGCUGUCGGCCGCCAGUCCUCACCGGGUCUCGGAUUUGUGGGUAGCAACGGCGGUGACCUCUCACCGACGUCGAAUCAACUUGCGCGAUGGUUCAGCCCGGAACUUCUCGCUCAAGCACGGGCCGGCAAGCUACCUGAACUCGGGCAGACGAACGUCCUGUCGUUGGAAGAGCUCGAGAGACUUCAACACGCGUCGACCAUAGUGCACAACUAAAAGUGAUUGCCACUGACACUUUCGGAUGUUACAAUUUCUCGUUAGCGAUCGGAAAUCGAACCCGACGAGACUGUGUGACGCUACUCUGCCAGCCGAACAAACCAAUAUGUUUCCUCCCGUGUUACGUCUCCUUCGUACCACCCUCGCAGCACCGGUACGACGUCCUCUCAUUCAUUGCCGGAUGCUGAAAAUGUGCGCCGCUAAAUUGCAGGAUGGUGCUGUCGCCUAUAGUAGAUUUUUUUAAGUCUUCGUAUCAAGACAAGGUUCACCGAGGUAAUGCCAUAUUUUGAUUAAGGAGCCGGUCAAUUGUUGGUUCGGGAGGUGGGGGUGUUCUUUUGAGGGAUCUCGGUCGAGGGGAAAGUCGCUGAAGUGUCGCGUUCGUCGAAAAGCACUCCAGUUCCGAGUUUCGCGGGAUGUUCUUUAGAAACUACAAAUGUACAGGAUAGUGUGUAACGUUGAAGGGCGGCGUGUCGUAUAAUUAAGGAAGGAGUGGACAGCUUUCUACGAAAAAAAAAACGAUAUAUUGCUUAUAAGACUGAAAAAUGUGAAAAUUCUUAUUGUUGAUUAUGACAAGCUGUUACCUUGAUAUGCGUACUUUCUAAAUGACAACACGAUAAAGUCUAUUUGCCUAAGAUAGGACUGCAAGUUUCUUGUGUAUUCGCGUAUUUUCUCUCUCCAUUGUACUCUACGAGAUUCUGAGAAUUCUCCGACGACCUGUAUGAUUUUCGUAUUGUUCAUUCGCGAAUGCGUAUCGAUCUCGCGAAGUUUCUCGUUACUCUGGACAAUUGCGUAUGUCAGAAUGAGAACGUACUGUUGCGAUUAUCUUUCAGUUAUUUGCGAAUAUAUUGGAUAUCGUUUCGCGAUUAUGUUCCUUUGAAUCCGGGGUAAGGGGAAGAGCAGAGCGCAACUUUCGCCGCUGUCUCGGCGAACGUAAAAAAAAUAUAGUCUAUGUACUAAGUAUGUCUAAUGCAAGCUCAUCGUUGCCGCCAACGGAAAUAAGACUUAGAUAGUCGGAUACGCGCGUUUAAUCUAGUAUUAUUUAUAGAAUAUUGUCGCUUGCUUGUUUACCAGUGGGACUUGCAAAAUCCCUUAGGCAAAUAAUAAUAAUAAUAAUAAUAAUACGCAGUUUCCCAGAAGAAGUUAUGAAUCACAGCAGUCAGCACCCGAUUACAAUUAUUCACACAGAGAGCGGAAGCGUAUGCAUGUGCGUGUGUGUGUGUGCGUGUGUGUGUGUGUGUCAUAUUUAAUAUUCUAUUCAUAUUGCAAAAUGAUGCGACUUUAUUAACGUGAAGGAACAAAAGAGAAAUGCGCGCGAAAUAAAACGAGAUAAAGGUGACUCGUCACAAGUCAUGCGCGCGCACGCGCGUAUAUUAUAAAAAUAAAUAUAUAAUAUAUACUUCGUAGAGAGAGAGAGAGAGAGAGAGAGAGAGAGAGAGAGAGAGAGAUUUGCGGUAUCAUUAUUACAAUCGAAAGUGAUAGAUAGACCGAAAUGUCUAAUUAAAAAAAAAAAAAAAAUAACCUCGGAAGGUAUG